AUGCCUGAGGAUUCCGACGAGGAUGCGCAUCCUCCAGUGUUCAAGAGGCCCGCCGUGGCUCCAGUUGAAGCAGCGCCUGCGCAUCCCACGGCAACAAAAUCUUCACCGCCCGCGCCGCCCCCAUCAUUGGCUCCGAAGUCAGAGAAGGAGACGGCCAAAACGUUCCAGUUGCUCCUGGCCAAACAAGAGAAGAAGCCAUCUGACCACCAGGAACAGGCGCUUGCAGAGACCGAUCGGGAGGUUGCGACAGCUGAUCCCAGAGCGGUGAAGAGCUUCGAUAACUCGCUCCGCUACCAUGCCACGAACCACAGGAAGGGUACCCCCGAAGAGUCCCGCGCUAACGCGCAGAAGGCCUUAGACUUAUGGUUGGCAAUGCCUGGCGGGAGCAGCGACAGACAAAGUUUCAUCGCUGAUUUCAACGGCAUCCGCGCGAACGUCUUCGCCGUGGAUCAGGCGCAACGGCUGCGCGCCAGCGAUGCGUGCAUUCGCUUGAUGGCGAGAACACGCUGUGUCAUCGACGAAGCGGGGCCGUUCUUGUCGCAUCGCUACUACAGGGGCACGACGAAGACCAUGACCAGCGCCGACGAGAGGGGAAAACAAAAACACAUGUUGAGCUCGGUUUCCGCCCUCAAGAAGAUCACCGAUGCCCCUGGGAACGCAUCUUCUUCUUCGCGUGGCGCGAUCGUGGAGUCAGUGGCCAUCGAGACAAUGAAACAGGAGCUGCGCCCCCUGAAAGCGAAAGCUUCGAUGCUGCGCAAGAAGGGCGGCCAUUGCGAGCAGCGCGAGACCGAGAUUGCCAUGGCGCAGGAACUCCUGGCAAGACUUCUCGAGGAAACGGAGAUUUUGCUCGCAGAGGCUGCGUCCGUGGAUGCUUCGGAUGACGACGACGCCGCGCUGAAGAUCACCGAGCGGCUGCAGAGUGCGAAGAAGGAGGGUGAGCAGCACAUUGCGGGCUUCGAGGAGGGGAAAAAGCGCAAGAACAUCGCCAGAUAUUUGAAGAGGAAUUUCCUGAAGGCGUGCAAGUGGCCGCCGACGUACAUGGCCAAGGUUGGCGACGCGCGGGGGGGCCCGCCGUGGCGGAGGACGCAGCUGCCCAAAUCUGAAUUUAUCCUUCGGAACAUGCGCAACGGGCGCGUGCCGUCGCCGUUGUUGUCGGCGCCCUGCGUGGAUGACCUUUCCUUGUUUCGAGUGGAUUGGUUGCGUUGUGUGGACCAGGGCGUUGCUUUGGAUUGGUUCGGACCAGUGAUGUGGUUCCUUCUAAGUGACAGUAAAUACUAUGGCGGCGGGAAUCGGGCCGAACGCCUCAACAGGAUGUGGUCGUCCAUCCAAGCCUAUUGCGACAGGAACAAGACGGGCGACAGGCCCCGCAAGCGGACGCUCUUGCUGAUCAAAAAGGCAAGCCGCAGGAGCGCACCGGAACUAAAGGCCGUGGCGGGCGCGCGCAGGGCUCUGGAGGGUUGGGUGUGGGAGGAAUGCAACAGACUGUUCAGCGGCGGCAGCGAACUGGGGCAGACAAAUCUCGCAGCGACGAACCACCUCCAUAAUUGUUACGAGGCCUUGCGGACAAUUGUUAUUUUCAGGAGAGACACCAUGGCGACGAACGGCAAACGCUUCGUGCUCCUGUACGACGCACUCGCACAGCGACACCCUGCAUUCUUCAGGUGCAAGCCCAAACUCCAUCUUUUCGUGCACCUCACCCAGGAAUCUGACCCGAAAGCUACUUGGACUUACCGCGGCGAGGAUUUUGGAGGGACCGUCAGCAGGAUCUCACGGAGGCGUGGCGCCCCGAUGACCACAAAGGCCUUCUCUGCCAAUGUUAUGGACAGGUUGGACAUCGGCUACAGGAUAGGUCUGGCUGGCGAGGUGGCUCGGCGUCUCGUCGAGCUCGGGCGCGCGUGCCGCGGCGGUGCCGCGGCGCUGGUGAGCAGCUGGAGCGAUGCCGACUGGGUCAGUCGGCGGUUCGCAGGUCGCAUCCUGCGCGUGUCCGCGCUCACUGGCGGCGAGAGCCCUGCGAUGCCCGCGUGCGAUGGAAGUUCCUGCACCGUGGGCGACUACCGGGUGCAGGCGCUAUCCCCCAUCCUGCUCCGCGUGGAGCCGAAGGGCCCCAACGGCUUCGAGGACCGCACCACCUUCAUGGUGGUGAACCGCGGCGGCUUCGAGGGGCUCGAGCUGAAGCCAGACAAGAAAGGGCUGAUGAAGACCGACCACUACAGCGUUCAGGUCUCAGACGGGGCGGUCCUGGUGUGGGAUGCCGACGGCAACGAGUUGUACAACUCCGAGGCGUACCCUGCCUGGAACAAGCUGCACUGGCCAUCGCCUCAAUCGAGUGCUGGCUACGCGAUCAUGGACCACCCUCGGUUCUUUAUGCCCGAUUGGAAGGGCGUCGAGGGUUGGAGCGCUGCACGCCAGGAGUUCUUCAAAUUGUCGGGACCGGUUCCUCUCCUUCCCGACUGGGGCUUCGGCACGUGGUUCACGUGGUGGAACUUCUACACGGAGGACGCGGCGAAGUCGGAGGUCCAGCGCUGGAUCGACGACAAGGUGCCGCUCGAUGUCUGGGGACUUGACAUGAACUGGCGCCUGAUAGAGAAUGAUGCUGAUCGGCAGUAUGAUCAGCCCAAUGGCUCCGCUUUCCCGGACUACGAAGAGUGGUUCCGCUGGCUCGACGAGCGUGGCGUCCACACCUACUUUAACGACCACCCGUGGCAGGUGGCCCCCCAGACGACGCCCGACGAGGUGAACUUCCGCUGGAAUGGUCUGACCUCGUGGAUGGGAAAAGGGCUCUCGUUCUGGUGGUUUGACCACAACUGGAAAUUUUCGAUUCCGCCUCCGAACGCCGAUCCUCCCGCUGUCUCUGGGGUAACUGCAAAUUCGGAGUGGGAGGGCCUCACCACCUCUUGCUGGGGGUCGCACGUGUACUACACAAUCGCAGAGCAGUAUAACAAAAAUAACCGUCCAGACGACAAGUUCCAUGGCGGGCGCCCCAUUAUUCUGUCAAUGCAGGCUCCGCACAAUGAGAUCAGUGGGUACAAUAUCGCCGGAAACCCUCUCGUCGAAGGCGCCAUAGCGGCGCCUCUCGAUCCAAUGCUGAUGGCCGAGCACCCUGCACACCACCGCUACCCUGUUUGGUGGAACGGCGACUUCGCAACCAUGAACAACAAUCUGGAGGCGAUGGUGGACGGAGGAGUCCACGACCUCAAGCCCUACGUUCAUCCCGACUGUGGCGGCGACGGCUGGUUCACCACGGCGGUCGAGCUUCUGCGCCAGACCCAGAUGUGCGCGUUCGGCACGAUCCUGCGCUUCCACGGGGGACCUCACCAGCCGUGGAUCUACGGGGACUGGUGGGAGGGCGUCGUGCGCCACUACAUCGUGUACCGCUACAUGUUCAUGCCGAUGAUCAUCGCCGGUGGCCAGCGGGCCACCCAGACGGGCUUCCCGUUUGUGGCGCGGUGCGACCUUUACUGGCCAGAACACUGGGAGUCCAGCCAGUCCAACCACCAGUUCAUGUUCCUUGACGACAUCCUUGUUGCGCCCAUUUUUGAUUCCAGCGCCGAAACCGUUACGAGGGAUGUUUGGAUUCCGCCAGGUGCGUGGCAGGAUGCUUGGAGUGGGGAAAUCGUGUAUGGGCCAGCGGAUCAGAGCGUUGAGCAGCCAAUGGAGCGGUUACCAAUGUGGAUCAGGGUGGAUGGCGGCAUGCUCAUUUGGACUGACAAGCCAGGUCUCACCGUCGCAGACGGCGAUUGGUCAACCCUGGUUGUUGAGGUCUGGCCUUGCCCGCGGGCUCACAAGACGUCGCGGACGAUUUACGAGCGCAGUACCGAAGAAUAUCCGCCAAGCCAGGACGUCACAUUGUCCACAAGUGGUAAGGGUACAGCGACUAUCGAAAUGACCAAGUCCGAUGUCGAGCGUGCCUGGGUGGUCCGUGUGAACUUGCUUGUUGGCCAGAUCGUUGUCAACGCGAGCGUUGACGGCAAGCCAGCAGAGACCAAGUUGUACGAGCCUAACCCGAAUGACGAUGGCCUCAUGAAUGACGACGGUGGCUAUUGGCCGUUUGGGGGCGAGGGAAGUGCACCCGCAUCGAAGGCUGGGAACGUUGUAGAACUCAAGAUGCCGGCAGGCACCAGCGAACGCAAGGUGGAGAUUGUCAUUGGUGAUGCAGCGAAGCCGACGACCAAGCCGAAGCCGACGACCAAGCCGAAGUCAAAACCGAAAUCUAAGCGGCAGGAGGGCAACAAGAGUGCGAAGCCGAAGGCCAUGGCGGCACCCGAGCACGGAAAGAGGGCGAACACGAAGACGAGGCCGGCCUCGAAGCACGGGCAGAAGUCGAAAAUGGAGACGAUGCCCGCCUCAAACAAGACUCCGCCGGUGAUCAUUGCCUCGCAGCUCCCGGAUCGGGGGGGCCGCGCCGCAGCUGUCCCGGCAGGGCACGGCGGCGGCGGCGGCCGCGGCGGGCACCGGCGGGUGCCUGCUUGCCGCGCUGGCGCUCGCCGGUGUGGCCGCGCGCUCGGUGCGCUGGCGCGUGCGGGGCGGGCCGGAGCAGGCGCUCGCGCCGUCGAGUGGGGAGGCAGCCGAGCCGCUGGUCGAGCACGGGCGCGUCGAGGAGGCGUGAGGCGCGCGCGUUUCUCGCCCGCGGAGGCCUGGUCCACGCCUGGAUCUGGGUCUCUCAGAUGGGGCGCUCCAACAAUCAUGGAGAACAAAGGGUUAAUCUGCUCCGACCCCAUCUGCUCUGAUGUCUCGGCGAUGCGGCGAGAUCCUCCGGCCCCAGCUGGGCCGACCGCAUCGGGGAGGCCUCUGCAGGAGCAGCUGCACCGGCGGGCGCCUCCGCAGGAGCAGCCGCGCGGCGUGGGACGGAAGGCAAGCAUGCAGGGGCAGCACUCGAGGCUCUGAGAUGUUUCCCAUCACAGCAUCAGCUGCAUUUAGACCAUGAGGCCACAGCCUCUCGGGGAUUGCCUGCCAGCCUUGGGCUUUGUUGGGCGGCGGCCCUGGACAGCUUUGCCCGCCGCGUGGCCGCCUUGCCCUGCAAGCUCCGAAGCCCCAGAAGGGGCUCCAAGACCUGGAAAUUCGAAGUUGUGGCCAAUGCUAAUUUGCGCCCGCCUAGACUGUAAGGGUAGGGCUCACGGGCCAAAACCGCUGGGCUUCUCGACUCCCCGGCGACCUCUCCGGCGAGGCCGGCCCAGCGACCCAGAGACCCUGGCGAUCAGACGCGGUGUUCAAGCCGGCGGCCGCGGCGGCGGCGGGUCAGCUGCCGCCCCGCGGCGCGCGGUGCGUCUCGCCAGCAGAGGCUGAGAGCGCGCGCAAUCGCAGGCUUACAUGCGUACGGGGCGGCACCGUGCAAAGCUACGCGCGUGCGUCUGCCCAUCAAUAGUUUGUCUCCGCUCCUGGGGCAUUUUUUCUCGCUUCCGGGUCCAAAGGGUCCAAUGGUGGCUUGGUGGAAUUCUAAUUCUUAGAUCGAAGGCACUCCAGAACGCCUCUUCCGAUCCGAGCAAGAGGAGGAGCGUGUUCGAAGAGUCUGUAUGGAAAAAGAAGAAUGAUGCGAAUAGAAGAAA